UUUCCCGCGAACCGGGCGCGACGUGUGUCGCCUCGUCUUUGGACUACUGGCUACGUCGGUGGAGUGUUUGUGAAAGUGCAGUGUAGUGCAGUGAUAUAUGGUGAUCACCGAGACAAAAUGUGGUGUCGGGUGCUGUAAUGGAAAUGGAUUGUGACUUUAUUUUAGUGUAAGAGUGUUUAGCGUUGUGAACAUGGGCGCGUUGGGCUUUCUUCUCAUUCUGAGCGGGUCUUUGCUCGUUGGAUGGAUAGAUGAUACCAUAGCCUUACGAGAUGUACAAAUGAUAGCACCGUCAGCUGUCAAACUCGGAGACACAGUCCUGCUUGGCUGCAAAUGGGCUCUAGAGGGUAACGAGACUCUAUACAGUGUGAAAUGGUAUCGUGGUAGGCAGGAAUUCUUCAGCUAUUUGCCAAAGGAGUACCCGUUCACGAGGAUAUUUGCGCAACCUGGGAUUGAUGUGGAUGUAUCAAGAUCGACCUCCCAGCAAGUGGUCCUACGGGAGGCGAGCCGAGCGCUGGCGGGGAGGUAUCGCUGCGAGGUGUCCGCCGACGCUCCUUCCUUCCACACUCAAGUGCGUUCAGCGUAUAUCCACGUAGUCGAGCUACCUCCAGAAAAACCUACAAUAAAAGCGGAGAAAGGGUGGUACGCGUCAGGUGAUUCACUCAGAGCGCAGUGCAUAUCCCCUCCAGCUGACCCACCAGCCAAUCUCACUUGGUUACUUAAUGGACGUGAUAUUCAAGGCAAGCCAAUAUUUCAACAAAGGAUACUGCCCAGUCCAGCUGUGUCCCUGCCAAUACACGUCGGUCCCACCGCCCCGCCGGGGGACGAAAAUACCAACAUCAUAUUUAGUCCAUGGAAAGCAUUUGGACCAUUUGUGGAUACUAUUCAGGAUGGCGAAUUGCUUCAAAGCCAGGAUGCAGUGAUGUUUCCAACCUCCAGGCAUCAAGACUUCGACGAAGACGUUACCGACAUGAUACCCACCAGCACUAGAGGAUCGUCAAAUAAGGUGGCGUCUAUCAGCCAGCUAUCGUUCCUCGUCAGGCCGGAGAGCUUCGAGCGCGGUCAACUGCGGCUCACCUGCAUCUCGACCGUCCACUCAGUUUACAACGAAAGAGCCGAGUUGGUUAUAAAUGAGGAACGACCGCAGAUAGCCUCUGUGCUUGGCACGAGAGACCGGUCUUCAGGGUUGUUGUCAUCUGCCACGCUCAUAAUCAUCUGCUCUACGUUCAACGCAAUAGAUGCAUUAAGAGUCCUGCGAUGAUGCAUAAUAUCUGCGCUUCCACUGGAUUUGUAAAUAAGAUAGUUCGACAUUGUGGUAACAUUAUUAGUGAUAUAGCUAUUAAAACUACGAACACCAUAUUUUAUAUUCACAAUAUCAGCAAACGGAAUUUUUGUAUUUGGUAGAAACUGCAAGAACUGAAACUAGAUAUAAUGCGGCUAAUACUCGUGUUUUAUACAACAAUUUUUCAAUAAAGUGUCCUGUCUAAAACUUAUAUUGUCAUUGACUUUAACAAGUAAUAUAAUGCACACAUUUACGCAAGAGUCAACUUGCUUGACAUUCAUUUGUAGAGUUUAAAACAAUUAGACAGGAUACCGAUAGAAAAUAAGAACUAAAAAUGUAGAUGGAGUAUGAUAACUCGGUUGCGUUUCGGUAAAAACUAGAAACAAAUAAACAGAUAUUGUGUUAAAUAAAAGUAACAACAAAUAAAACCUAUCGGAGUAUUAAGGUAUUGAGACAUUUAAAAGCCAAGUAUGUGCGCAGUAGAGAAAUAUUUGGUGUAAAAAAAAAAAAAAAUGUAACAAAUAUGAAAAAAUAAUAAAUCGUUAGCCCAUUGCGUAUUAAAUAUUAUAAUGACAAAGCGAUUAUGUAACAAUUUUUCUUAUUAAACUUUCUUUUUAAAAUUUUACAUUUAUUUCCCUAAAUGAUGAAUGUAUGUAUAUAGAUAGAUAUGAUCUACACAUAACAAUUGCACCCUAUAUCGAGACUUCACUAUGUUUAUAUGAAAUGCAACAACUUCUGCACUUGUAUGAGGAAUCUGCAUUUAAUAAUGUUAGCUACUCAGUGACUUAAAAUACUAAGAAAAAACUAUUUUGCCAGUAAUUUGAUGAUGUUCAAAAAUGUACCUUAAUAACAAAUUUUUAACCAAUUUAAUUAUUCCUUUUACAACGACCUUGUGUAUUCAUAUAAACAUAUUUAAUCAAAUUAGCUUUGAAAUGUGUAAUUAUUUUUAUUAUCAUUUAUAACAACAUUAUUCUUAGAUGAUUUGACCAUUUGUAAGAACUUUAAGAAGCUUAUAAAAUGUGUUCAUUUGAGUUUAAACAUUGCUUACUAUUAUCAUUACA